AAAUAAUGAUGUAUCAUUAAAACAAAUUGAAAAUUCAUUAGUAUAUUUCCAAUUAUUUAAUGAUAAAAAACUUGAAAUUGGAUCAAUUAUUAAUUUGUUUGAUAUAAUUUUUGGUGAACAAGGUGAUGUUGAAAAAACAUCCACUACAACACAAAGAAUUAGUAAUAUGGAUUUUGAUCUUAUUUCUGUUAUAGAAAGUGAAUUAUGA